AACAACAUAGCAAAGUAUCAGCGUCUCGGUGAAAGCUCUCCCGCGCUAAAAAAUGGCAGUGUGAAGGCGUGCUAACCUGCAGCGGCAACAACACGGCAGUGCAAAGGCUAAGUGCACUGGCUAUUUCUGGCAAAAUGGCGUCUCUCUCGGCAACCACCCUCAGCUUUGCUGCCGUCGACAGCAGUACCGAACCCCUCGACUUGAUAACGUCACCGGAUUCGCCUUUGUUUCUCUUCACCCGUUUGCGGCUACCACUGACCAGCAGCAGCAGCAGUGAUGACACUCUCCCAGCUUGCCUUGGAGGACGUGGGGGACCUGUACUUAGGGCCCUCGUUUCUGAUGGCUGACCCGAUGGGGCCCCUUCUGGACCAAGAUGAAGAAGAAGCUCUUUCUCCCUCCUCCUCUCUAGAGGGGAAGGCGCCAGCUUCGCCCCCCCUCUCUUUCUCCUCCUCUUCCUCCUAUGCAUCCUCUCUGUCUCCCUAUCAGACCAUGUCGUCCUCCCCUACCUCCUUGCCUCCCUCUCCCCCCACCGAUCCCUCCUCGUUCCUGGGAACCAAGGCUGGAGUGAACUCGCUGUCCCUCCCCUGGCUGGGUGCCAACGACCUGCUCGAAGCCCACGUUGGAGUAGAAGAUGGCAAAGAUGAUGCUUUUGCGGGCAUGGACUGGAUGUCAGAGAAAAUCGACCUGAGUGAAUUUGACCUGGAUUCCCUCAUUGGCUCCUGCUCGUCCGAUGAGUCUCCCAGCUCCCCCGAGGAUCUCCUGGCCUCCCUCGACACCCACAUGGAUCUGGAUCUCGACACCUUCGACACGGCCGUCCCCGCCCCUCACGACAGCCUCGGGGAGCUCGGUCUGUCGCUGCCCAGCAUCCCCUUCCUCCCCGUGGAGUUCCCUCUCCCCGGUGUAGCUGAGGCCAAGACGGCGACGGCGUCGGUGGCGGCGGAGGUGAUUCCCGAUCUGGAGCUUGGCAUGAAAUCCGAGCCUCCAUCCCCAGCUCCUCCUACUCCUCCUCAGUCUCCGCCUUCUCCAGCUUACACAUUGGAGCUGGGGAGUGAAGUGGAUGUGCUGGAUGCUGAGAAAACCGUCACUUCCAUCACCGCCACCGCCACCAUCUUCCCAGACCCCAGUGGAAGCGUUCAGACCAGCAGCCCCAUCGUGCUCUCCCUCCCCACCACCGGCCAUUUACUGGUGGUCCUCACCAAUAAAGAUGAGUCCUCUGUUGUAUCUCUCUCCGACCAGACCAUCAAAACCUCUCCUCCAUCCAGCGACUGCGACAGCGACUCGGGCAUCGAUUCCGUUCCCGAUUCGCCGGCUCACCUCUCCUCUCCUCCUCCCACCCCCUCUCCUGCAGCUGGUUCCUCCAGGACCAAACCGUACUCCAAACAGGAGCCCUCUACUCCCUCCUCCUCCCCGUCGGCCAAGACCCCCAAAGUCAAAUCGGUGUCCGGCGCUCCCAAGGUGGUGGAGAAGAAACUGAAGAAGAUGGAGCAGAACAAGACGGCGGCCACCCGCUACCGUCAGAAGAAGAGGGUGGAGCAGGAUCAGCUGAACGACGAGUGCACCGAGCUGGAGAAGAGGAACAACGAGUUGGCGGAAAAGGCCGAGUCCAUAAGCAGAGAGAUCCAGUACCUGAAAGAUCUGAUGGAGGAAGUUCGUAAGCACCGCCGAAGCAAGACCGGCUCAGUGGCGUAGAAAGGUCCAACGCUUACACAACGCCAUCGCUGCAGAGAAAUUUAAAAAAAAAAAAUAGUUUGGGUAUUUUUCUUUUUUUGAAGAGAUUAAAGGCGGCGUGUGACGAUGGACGUAUGAAACGCUCACCCACUGAACAGAAAACAGGGAAUGGCUGGAUGCAAAAGUAGAAAAGUCCUGAAAGUUGAUGAGAUUAUAGCGUUAGAGCAGCGGGGCUGGGAGGUAGUCAGGUGAAGCAUCUGUACAUGCUUGUCUCUCAGUCCCCUGUUAGACCCCCCUUAACUACCCCUCCCCAAAUGUGUAGCCCCUGCCCUCAGUAAUAGAUUACGGGCAGGGGUGCAUAUUGAUCCUUUUUUUUUUUUUUGUAGAGUAGGCAUGAAAACCAUGAGUCACCAUAGCUCCCGGUAGUGAUGUAGACUUUAACCAACGAUGAGAUGUUCCUCCUCAGAGAAUGACCACACUCCAGCAUCAGUCAGUAUCCAAACCCCCCCCCUCUGACCCCCUCUCCGCUCCCCCCACACCCACCAGCUCCUGUGCGUGAGAUUCUUACCUUCUUGUUAUUACCCACUUUUUUUUCUUCUUUUUUUUUUUAACCCAUUUCCGACCUUCUCUCUAAACAGCUUCAAGUCCAGAAAGGGGCCUCAAAUAUAUUUAUGAAUUCCUGGAUGUCACACUGUCAACAUGUUUCUUUUUUUUUCUUUUUUUUUUUCCUUUUCGUGUGUGUAUAUAGUUUGUCCUUUUUUUUGCUUGCAGAUUUGUGGCUUUUAUUUAAUGCUGGAUUUUAAAAAAAACAACAAAAAAAACUAAACCUGACCAUGUCUUGACUAGAUCAGAGUAUCUUUAGCGCAGCUGGGUUUUUUUUCUUUUUGCCUGUAAAAAUGCUUUGCGUCUCUUUUUUCUAAUAAAUGUCAGUACUCUUUAAGA